AUGCGCAAGAAUCAAUCACUAAUGCCGUCUUUCCAGCUAUGUCUUGCUCACUACUGCGACCUCCAUGGCCCGACCCCUUUGAUGGUCACUGAGGGUCUACCGGCCUCAUGUACUGUCUGCUUUGAAGAUGGUGAAGAUCCUGCCGAUAAUAGACCACGAUCCAGCGCGCACGCAUCGUCGACUGCUCUCAACGACGCAUUAAAGAACCUCGACCUAUCUCGGAGCGCUUCAAUGCCAGCCUCCGAACAAGAGGCUCAGGCGCAACGUGCAGCGCUAUUGCGAAACUCUAGCAAUUCUGGCGCAACACCCACUGCUAUCGAUACUCCUCCUGAAAGCCCACGACCGGCCCCUCCUCAUCCUCGGCGCGAUUCGAGUUUCCGAAGAACCUAUGAUGAGACUGUGACAAAGAAGCAAGGCCCUUGCGAUAACUGCGCAAUGACCUUGCCGCGACAACAAGCGGGAUCAAAUAGUCUUCAUUUCGCAAACAAUACUCGUGGACCAACAUUGCGCACCCGUGCGCCAGCAGAACGGGUUUUCGGCGCAGGAGGUCAGGCAUCGCCUCCCAACUCCCAGACCUCGAGUGAUACCGAUGGAGAGCGGGACGAGGACCCUCGGGCUCGGCAAAGAAUUACACCCUCGGUCAGCUCGCGCAAUACCUCGCGAUCAAGCAAGAGUGGUGGUACAGGCAAUUCGACCGCAGCAGAACGGACACCCUUCCAUGUUCACUACGUCGACUAUACAUCUACACACGAUCCGGUCCUACCCGACUCUUUCUCUCUUAUUCGAGCGUCUUGCUUGCGCACUCUAUCCUUCGAGACGUUACCCCGGGCUCCAUCUACGGCAAACCCCACUUCACCCGUUGCGACCUCUUCUCCGGCCUUUGUUACUACGCAAAGCGCCGGCUCGGCCGUCACAGGCGGCCCCAUUUUUUUCGGCGACGCCCUCGCCGGUUACACAACGGCUUAUAUCUUCCGUAUUCCUGAUGUACACGCAAGGGGUCAUAAGCGAGUGUAUGCCUUCUUGGCGCUUAGUACUCACCGAGAGCGACUGGCCAUGAAGACGUUUGCCGUGGUCUCGACCGCUUUUCGCGAGCUCGCUACAUGGAUCCAGCAACUGGCUGAAGCCGAGGCCGAGCGAGCGGCCGAGAACUCUCCUAUUGGUAGCAGCAUCUACGGGGGUGGCUAUGCACCACCACCACCAACCGUCGAAUCCUCUGGAGGCCCUGAUCGCAAUGGAAGUAGCUUUCUCACGGGCGGUAGCGGGUUCACCCGACGGAUGGGUGGUGGCCCUGGUGCCUCAGCCCCAAAAGCCCGUGGUCUAGCGGAGAUUGUUGGACAGCCUGAUAUCUUUAUCGAGCUGCACCGGCGUUUCGUUCACCUUCUCUUUGAAGUUGGUGUCACCUUGAGCUCGUAA